AUGAUGUUUAAGUGCUUGCCUUUUAUAGAUGAUUCAGAGCUCCUCACUGUUCCUGAUGGUUGGAAAGAACCAACCUUUUCCAAAGAAGACAAUCCCAGGGGACUCUUGGAGGAGAGCAGUUUUGCAACUCUGUUCCCAAAAUAUAGAGAGGCUUACCUGAAAGAGUGCUGGCCAUUGGUACAGAAGGCCUUGAAUGAACAUCACGUUAAUGCAACCUUGGACCUGAUUGAGGGCAGCAUGACUGUUUGUACAACGAAGAAGACUUUUGAUCCAUAUAUCAUCAUUAGGGCCAGAGACCUAAUCAAACUUUUAGCCAGAAGUGUGUCGUUCGAGCAGGCAAUUCGAAUUCUCCAGGAUGAUGUUGCUUGUGACAUCAUUAAAAUAGGUUCUUUAGUACGAAAUAAAGAAAGAUUUGUAAAAAGAAGACAACGGCUUAUUGGUCCCAAAGGAUCUACAUUGAAGGCAUUGGAAUUGUUAACAAACUGUUACGUUAUGGUUCAGGGAAACACAGUUUCAGCCAUAGGACCCUUCAGUGGCUUAAAAGAGGUUCGGAAAGUAGUCCUAGAUACUAUGAAGAAUAUUCAUCCAAUAUAUAACAUUAAGACCUUAAUGAUUAAACGAGAGUUGGCAAAAGAUUCUGAAUUAAGAUCACAAAAUUGGGAAAGAUUUUUGCCACAGUUCAAACACAAGAAUGUAAAUAAACGUAAGGAACCAAAGAAAAAAACUGUUAAGAAAGAAUAUACACCGUUCCCACCACCACAGCCAGAAAGUCAGAUUGAUAAAGAAUUGGCUAGCGGUGAAUACUUUCUGAAGGCAAGUCAGAAGAAGCGACAAAAAAUGGAAGCCAUAAAGGCAAAACAAGCAGAAGCUCUAAGUAAGAGACAAGAGGAAAGAAACAAAGCUUUUAUCCCACCUAAAGAAAAGCCAGCUGUGAAACCUAAGGAAGCUUCUACUGAAACUAAAAUUGAUGUGGCUGCCAUUAAGGAAAAGGUUAAGAAAGCAAAGAAUAAGAAGUUGGGAGCACUUACACCUGAAGAAAUUAAACUUAAGAUGGAAGCAAAUGAAAAGACAAAGAAGAAGAAGAAAAAGUAACAUAGAAAAUGGAACUAGACUUUAGUAAGCUGUCUCCUUUUGUAAAGGAUUUUGAGGUGUACUUAGGCAUUAGUUGCCAUGUCUAUAAGAGAGAAUACUUGGAUUGUUUAAAAAAAAAUUUUUUUUUUGAGUUUCUUUUAUUUCUGGAACAGAGUUCAUUGUAAAUAAAUUAUUAUAUUCAUAUGUUUUUUGAAAAUUUUUGUAUUAGAAACCAGUAUAUAUGUCUUUAUAAA